AUGACAAUUCAGGAGCUGGGUCUCGGUAAUGGAGAGUCAGGGGAUGAUGGCGCCGGUGACAUGAAGACCAUCUUGGUCACUGGAGGGGCAGGCUUCAUUGGGGGGUGGUUUGUCCGGCAUCUCCUCCGGGUAUACGGAGAGCGGUAUACGAUUCUCUGCUUUGACAUCCUCGACUACUGCGCCUCCAAGCGAAACAUUCAGCCGAUUGAGCAUCUGCCAAACUUUCAUUUCAUCGAGGGCGACCUGUGCAACUCUCGCAGCGUUGCGACCCUCUUCCAGCAGUUUAGGAUUGAUGCCGUUGUCCACUUCGCGGCCAACUCCCAUGUGGACCACUCUUUUGUUGACCCCAUCCCUUUCACGCAGAACAACGUCACGGGCACCCAUAUUCUUCUCGAGGCGGCGCGGAAAUCCAGGACAGUGCGUCGAUUUAUCCAUGUCUCAACAGACGAGGUAUACGGGGAGAAUGAGCCGGGCCAGAGCUAUGCAUUUACGGAGGAAGACCGGCUGAAUCCCACGAAUCCGUACUCGGCCAGCAAAGCCGCCGCGGAGAUGAUUGUGAACGCAUAUCUUCAUUCAUUUCACAUGCCCAUCAUUAUCACUCGCUGCAAUAACGUGUUUGGUCCCUACCAGUAUCCCGAAAAACUGAUCCCUAAGCUCGCCAUGCAGUUGCUUAAUUCCAGGCGCAUGACAGUCCAUGGCGAUGGGAAGGCAAUGCGCGGAUUCGUCUUCGCCGCCGAUGCCAUGAACGCCUUCGAUAUCAUCUUCCACCGCGGAAUCGUAUCCGAGACCUACAACAUUGCCUCGCGGGAGCAAAUUCAGGUCCGAGACGGAUGUGAACAAUAUCUGGAAAUGGUGGAGGACCGGCCGUUCAAUGACCGGAUGUAUUGGACCGAUGACUCCAAGCUCCGGCUGCUAGGGUGGACAGAACAAGUCUCCUUCGACGACGCUCUUGCAAUAACCUUAGAAUGGUAUCGUGACUAUGGUGACACAUUCUGGUCCAAGGCAGAGCCCAUUUGCGAGACCAACGGUCGGUCGACCUGA